AUGAUUUUGGGCAAUCGGGCGGCAGGCACGGGGUUCUCUUCCGCCUUGUGCGCGCCCAAGGCCCUCUCGUCCGCCAGGGCCCUCGGAAGGCGCGGGGCCGCACCGGAGAGAGCUCGAUCGGGCGAGAAGCACCAGCGGCGCGGCGCGGCGGCCGGGGUGAAAGGCGAGGGCUCUGCGGGUGGACCCGCGCCGCGCCGCGCGGAUGCCAGUGGCAGCGCCAGAGUCCGUGCCACUCGCCACCUGCAGCGAUUGGAGAGAGCCCUGCGCCAAGCAGGGCGUUUCCAAACCUGUAUUUCGAAGGGUACGUUCAUUCUUGGGCAACAAAAUAUCUCCCUUGACUUCAAAAAUCGCAAGCGCAUCGGGCGUUCCCACGUUUCUCCCAGCCCUGUUGCAUGUGCUGCCUUGGAACAACACACAGCACGUGUGCCCACUACGUGCCGUCUACUUAGCGUGGUGACGCCAAUGCUAGACGGCAGUUCUGACUCGCUGCGCCGCCAGAGGGGACAGGAAAAGAAAGUGAUUCCUAUAUGUUCGAGGUCUGAUGUGAAGGCCAUGACUGACGCGUGA